GCGGUCAAAGGUAAAGAGGUUACUUGAGGUCAUUGGCUACAGUGCUCGUGGUGUAAAAACAGUUGAGGGUUUGUUGGUAGCACAUCGCAAAAGGAAAACAACAAAGACAAGAUGGAACAGGACUCAACGGACGGUGUCGUCAUCAAACAAGAGUCGGUAGAGCCUGUAGAACUGGUAGAAGCAGAGUGAUCGAGUUAUGCCAGGAGACCCCAAAAGGCAUCACGGACGCCCUGAUCAUGAAGCACAUGCCCAUGGUCACAGCCCAGCAGAGAGCCAGUGCCAUCAACAGGCUGCUGUCCACUGGCCGCAUCGAUGUGUUAAAAGGAGCUGGUGGGCUGAUCUACAGGCUGAAAGAUUCCCAAGGCACAAAUGUUAUAAAAGGUGCAGAUAACCAAGAGAAGUUGGUGUACCAGAUCAUCACAGAUGCUGGGAACAAGGGCAUCUGGAUCCGGGACAUCAGGUACAAGUGUAACAUCAUGAUCACACAACUCAACAAAAUCCUCCGCAACCUGGAGAGCAAGAAACUCAUCAAGUCUGUCAAGUCAGUUGCUGCCUCCAAGAAGAAAGUUUACAUGCUGUUCAACCUUGAACCUGACCAGUCAGUGACGGGUGGAGCCUGGUUUAGUGACCAGGACUUUGAGUCGGAAUUUGUUGAGGUUUUGAAUCAGCAGUGCUUCAAGUUUCUGCAGCAAAAGGCCACUGCUGCUAAAGAAGCCAAGCAGGGACCCAUCGCACAGAGAAACGCUUCUUACGCCUCCUCCAAGGAGGUCUGUAAGUUCAUCACAGAACUGGGCAUCAGCAAGGUCCAGCUGUCAGUUGCAGACAUCGAGACCAUCCUGAACACGCUGAUCUAUGAUGGGAAGCUGGAGAUGACGGUCGUGGCUAGCCAGAGCAGCUCCGCGGAGGACAGCCAGACCAAACUGUACAGAGCAGUGACGCCGAUCAUGCAGCCAGCAGGACUCAUGAGAAUACCAUGCGGGGUCUGCCCAGUGUUUGACAGAUGCCAUGAAGGCGGCGCCGUUUCCCCGUCCACCUGUGUGUACAUGAAAGACUGGCUGGAGUUCUGACACAGGUCUGUCUUUCUGGAGAGUGUACAUAACAGGCUUAUCAUGAUGAGGAGGAAUAAACAUUGUAACUGUGGACUUGUGACUGCUUGGCUGAAUGGUUUAUACACAAGUUUUAGGCCAUGAACAUGAAGGUAGGGCUUCAGAGCAGAGACUCAUAUGUAGAUACCCGGUAUAAGUUCUGACACAGGUCCAUGUUUGUGGAGAGAGUAAGUACGUAACAUACUGAUGA